CUUGAAUUUGCCUCUGCAUUUGCUUCAUCAAUGUCUCUCAUAUUGAAUAUCUUAAGAGAAAUGCUGGACUACUUUGGUGUUCCCAUAGACCAGAUUCUGCCGAUUUGGGAAAAUAAAGAAUAUGGAUCAGCUCGAAGUAUUGUUCGCAUUAUUGGGAAAAUUCUUCCUUUAGAACCUUGUCCAAGGCCUAAUUUUGAGUUGAUCCCACUCUUGAACUCUGUAGACUCUGAUAACUGUGGACCUAUAGUUCCAUCUUUUGCUGAUACUUUGUGUGUGGCAAAUGAUGAUGAAGCCAGUUCUCUACGAUUUCGACAUAGUAUAUGGAAAAAUAAAGAAGAGGAGAAAAUGGAAUUUGUCAAUCCUUUGCAACUAGUUUGGGCUCCAUCAUCACCUGAUCUAAGACGUAACAAACGGAUAAAAAAUGAUCUGCCUGUAAAUGAUGCCGCAAUUAAAAAAAUAGCUGCCCUUGAAGAUGAGCUAACAUUUCUUCGCUCCCAGAUUGCUGCAAUAGUGGAAAUGCAGGAACUGAAAAACAGUGCACAUUUUGGUCCCUUUGACUUCAAUGAUGGGCCUAGUGGUUUGGGCCAAGGGCUGUCACCAGAGACUGCUCAGCUGAGGGUUGAAGCUGAUCAGUUUUCAAGUGUUGUGCGUCCCUCUCCUCCCCCACCACCGCUUCCUCUUCAGCCUUCUCUCCAGGCUCCGUGUUCUCCUCCUACUGUACAACCAGGAUCUAAUGUUUGUGACUCAGACAGGUCAGCAACUGAAAUGAAGAAACAGCACCUGGGUGCUAGUAAAACCAAUUAUAGCCAUCAUGCAAAAAACCAGAGAAAUAAAGAUGUUCCAAAUAUGUUGGAUGUUCUAAAGGAUAUGAAUCAAGUUAAGCUUCGUGCUAUUGAACGGUCACCUGGAGGUAGACCCAUUCAAAAGUGGAAAAGACAAAAUUCACAUUGGGACCCAGUGUCUUUAAUAUCUCACGCACUUAAACAGAAAUUUGCAUUCCAAGAAGAUGAUUCCUUUGAGAAAGAAAAUAGGUCUUGGGAGUCUUCUCCAUUUUCUAGUCCAGAAACUUCAAGGUUUGGACAUCACACUUCUAGUCAGGACAGUGAAAGAAAGGAUGAACUGAUAAACACAGAAGGUGUUGACCAAGAUAUCAACAAUGACAGCCGUGUGUACACUUACAAGGAGAGAUUAUAGACAUACUGGCAUGUUUUUUUGCUGCAUUUAAAGGAUCUUUUCCUCUGUGAACAGUUAAAUGAAGUCUGUACACUGGGAUACAUUAGAGCAGGAGUCUGAAGACUCUUGACUCUUACAAGAAUACUUGUCUCUGUUUUUGGAAGAUCCCUGUCUACUUAUGGUUGUUAGGUGUAUGGAUUUUUAAAAAAUCUAUGUUAAUAUUAUUGAAAGCUCAAUAUACACAUGGAAUGAUUUUCCUAAGAGCUAAGUAUUAAAUGACUUAAUGUUUCUCAUGAGAGAACAGUAGGGCAUCAGAAACCAUUUUAAUGGAUUAAGGAAUUAAUGAAAACUAAGUCUGUCUUGUACUGCUCAGAAAUGAUGGUAUGUUUAGAUUCUUUAACAAUUUCUUAAAGCAAUUGUGACUUCCUAAUUUAAGAAGAUUUGCAUCUUUUAAAAAUUGGUGGUGAUCUGGUUUAUUUGGCUUCUAGCAACUUGGAGAUUUUCAAAGAAGACAAAACUAUAAUUUCUUUAUUAAAACAGUCAUAAUUUGAAUCAUAUUGGUUGAGCCUUCUAAAAGUUCUUCCUGAGAUGAUAGAGGUUUUUACUUGUAGAAACUGAUUUUGUCUGCUA